AUGGUCGGAGUUGAGCUGUUUGCGAUCGGCAUUGCCUCCUCACAUUCUUCCGCUUGGAUGCGAUUCCCCAUGGACUCGUUCGCCCGGGCGAAGACGGUGCGGCUUCGGAGCUACCAGGAGAAGUACCUUGCGGCAGAGGAUGAUGGGGAGCACGUCUCCCAGAAACGCGAUAGCUCUGGCCUCUCCUCCCUGUGGGCGGUCGAGCUUGUCGACGACGCCCCUCACGGCAUCCGCCUACGAAGCUCCCUGUGCGGCCGCUACCUCACCGCCACCGACGAGUCCCAUCUCUUUGGCGUCAACGGAAAGAAGGUCCGCCUAACACUUCCACCCCACCUGGACUCCUCCCUCGAGUGGGAACCCUCCCGCGACGGCGCCCAGAUCAAGCUCAAGAACCGCUACGGUAGCUACCUCCGAGGCAAUCGCGGCCCCCGGCCCUGGCGCAACUCUGUCACUCACGACGUCCCCCAUCUUCACCAUGACUGGAUUCUGUGGAGCCUAGAGAUCGCUGAGCCCCUUCCGACGGAAACCGCGUCCCCGACAUCGUCCGACGCCGAGUCAUCUCCUUCACCUUCUGGCUAUCUGCACAAGGUUGAAGACCGGAGCAUCUUUUAUGCCGUCGCGGAUGACGAGGGAAAUGUGGACGACAGUGUGGAAUGGCCUGCCUUCACUUUUAAUGGGACGAGCGUACCAGAGUUGACUGAGAAACUGAAAGAGAAAACUCACCUUGCUGAUAUAGUUGUUUGCGCCAGGAAUCCACUGAACCAUCAACUGAUCCCUCUUCUUCUGCAGUUGCCACCAAACAAUGCGACAAUGCGUCUUGUGAUUGUUGAAGCCCAUUCAAGAGGUGAGUUUUUCAAUGGUGCUCUUAACUUUUUCACCCGGAUAAUGAUGUAG